CCUGAGAGCUCCCUGGACCUGAGUGAGCAGGCACAGGAGUCCACAGCACAGGGCUGUGAGGACAGCCUCGUCAGUAUCACACUUGUACGAUUUUGGAUUUGGGUGCCUGCCUUCCAAUGGACAUCCUUAUUCACAAAAGAGAGAAAGCUGGACACACAUACCAAAAUGGAGAUGACAUGCUGGUUGGUGUGCCUAAGGAAGCCACAGUUCUUGGGACCAUCCAGAUACUAUGUGCCCUGACGAUUGCAGGCUUGGGAGGCAUUUUGGUGUCAGUUUCCUACUCUCCCUACUUCCAUCCAGCAGCCUCCACCACUUUGAUGUCCGGGUACCCAUUUGUUGGAUCCCUGUGUUUUGCCAUUGCUGGAUCUCUCUCAAUUAUCUCUGGGAAAACCUCAAUCAAACCCUUUGCACUGAGCAGUCUGGCCUCCAAUGCUGCAAGCUCUGUUGUUGCUACAACUGGUUUCUUCCUCCUCACCCACGGCCUCAUCACCCUGGGGACUGCCUCUCCACACUGUAAUUCAGAAAAGAAAUUUCUGUCAUUAUUAUCUUCUCCGGAAUCCCACCACUGGAUGAAUGAAGACAAGAACUGUCUCCUUGCUGAUGUCAGUAUCAUGAGUGGACUGGUGGUGAUGCUCGCCUUCACUGUGCUGGAGCUUUUGCUAGCUGUCUACAGUUCUGUCUUUUGGUGGAAUCGAGUCUACUUCAACAAGCCUGGGAGCGUAUUUUUCAUGUUUGAGUCACAAGAUCAUACCCAACUUAACAAAAGCAGUUUGUUGAGGCCAUGA